AUGACAUUGGGCGCAUGGCAUGGUGCUUGGGUGUGUCACGCGGCAUCAGCAUCGUCAUUGGUAGAAGCAUCGGCAGCAGCAUCGUCAUCGGUAGAAGCAUCGGCAGCAGCAUCGUCAUCAGAAGCAUCGGCAGCAGCAUCGUCAUCGGCAGCAGCAUCAUCAUCGGUAGAAGCAUCGGCAGCAGCAUCGUCAUCGGUAGAAGCAUCGACAGCAGCAUCAUCAUCGGUAGAAGCAUCGGCAGCAGCAUCGUCAUCGGUAGAAGCAUCGGCAGCAGCAUCGUCAUCGGUAGAAGCAUCGACAGCAGCAUCGUCAUCGGUAGAAGCAUCGGCAGCAGCAUCGUCAUCGGUAGAAGCAUCGGCAGCAGCAUCAUCAUCGGUAGAAGCAUCGGCAGCAGCAUCAUCAUCGGCGCACCGGUAG